UUGUUGUUUUGUGGAUGAUGCGAAGGAUGUAUUUGACAUCCCUUUGCUGUAUGCGCUGUUGUUUACACCUUCGGGUUGUCGGGGGGUUCUCUAGUGGAACGCGGAGUAUCGCAGUGAGGAGUUGAUACAUUGUAUCAGAGGGAGAUAAUAGUGUAACGGAGAGGAGGACACGUUGUAUCAGAGGGAGAUACUGUGUAACCCUGGGCUAUCGCAGAGCCGCUACCACCAGCAAAACUCAAUAUGAACGAGGAGCAGUUUGUUAAUAUUGACCUAAACGAUGACGAUAUCUGCAGUGUCUGUAAACUUGAGACUGCAAAGGAGCUGCUUUCUUUUUGCCAUGUCUGCUUUGAGCUCAGCAUCGAAGGGGUAGCCAGGGAAAAUCUCCUCCACACUGAAUCGGUGCAUGGUCACAGAGAGUGCUUCGAAAAAUUUCACCUCAUCGCCAACCAGGACCUCCCCCAGCCGAGAGUAUCGAAGAGCACCUACAGAGAUGUGAAGGAGAUCCUGAGCAGGAAGAUCAGCCGCAUUAUUCAGUAUGCACAAAACCAGCACUCACGCCCUGACCUCCGGGAGUGUGGGCAGGAGCAGGUCAAGGGUCACGACCACCAGCCAAGCGCACUCAGGACACACUUCCCCCAGGUGAACGGCCUGCAGUUACCCCGGUACUCCCCACGCUGGCUCAACGGGAGCUCACCGGGCUACUCCAAGUGCGGGCAGGGGAUUUUGGAGCAGGAUGUGCCAUCAGACUUCCGUCAGGGAAUGCUGGGGGUGGCUGUCGACAGGUUUCGAGGUUUAGAUGUUCACUGGCCACCUAAGGAGCGGGGGCACGGGGCAGAAUCUCCGCUCGCAGCAGGAAACCACAGCAGGGUGGAGGCCAGCUGUCAUCGGCACUACACCCGGGAGGAAUUGAGUGCUAUGUCGGUGGAUGAUCUGGUGCCAUUGAAUGAACAACUCCUCAAACAAAUCAAAGUGGUCUUUGAGGAUCUUGCACAGGAAUUAGAAAAGAAAGACUCUCUGUCCUCCGAGCUACACGUACGCUACAUUGCCAUUGAGCAGCUGUUCAAGAACAGGGAGAAGCUACCCUGGCUGCGAGUGGGACAAGGAGGGAUCAAACCCAAUGCUCCCCUUGAUAACUGACUCUCCGCCAAUAGAUCGGAAAUCAGCUUUACAUCAAAUAAGCUUCCCAACAGUGUCAAGUUGGACUCUGCUGUGGGGAGGUGUUUUGUAUGUUACUUUACAUUUAUAUUUGCAUAAGAUGGAAAAAAAAAAGUAAUUUAUUUUGCAUACUGGUUUAUGAGUGUUUCUCUUUUUCUUAAUACUCUUCCCCUUGAAACCCUGUGUGGCUGAUCAAACCUUUAUUGGACUUUAUUGUGGAGCCUCCAACAGUUCAUUACGCGCAACCAAGUGUAAUUUGGGGAACUUUGCGUCGAAGAUGACAGGGAGUUUUAUAGGCUGCAAGGACAAGCUGAAUGCAGGUGACCUAGCUCUGAAUUUUGCUCUGUGGUCAGGGAUAGGCUGGUGAACUUUCCAAGGUUCCAGUACUCAGUACCAACGCUGUUUGAUUUUUGGUCAUUACCCCCACCCCUACUCAUUUUCCACAAGAUCUAGCAGCAACAAGUUUGUACGGGGCUGUGAUGCACAUUGCAUGCCAUUGCUUCAGAGCCUGAAGAUCCCCGGAGGCCAAGGCAAUUGAGACAUUUAUCCUAAUUAAAGUUUUCAUUUUGUUUAUGGCACCCUACCUUAGCAGGUCCUGUUGUGUGAAAGCAAUGCUGGAAGCCAGUACUUCAGCCUCACUGGCACUCCACUUUGUGUUUGUCUGUGUAAUGUGGAUAUGUGAUCUAUUAUUCUAAUUGUUCAUAAAAUGGGGAAGUCCCAAUACAGACCAUGUCUGGUGCAUUCAACCAUACCCUCAUACUUCACAUGUUUAGUGCCGAGGUUGCCAUGAAAGACCCCCCUUCUCAAGUUUCUCCCCUUGCCUGAGAUGUUUAUAUGUUGCCUGAAUUAUUUUGUGGUGACCCUCACCAGUUGUGUUUCUCAUGCUCUCUCAUACUCCAAGCAGCCCUACAACCUGGUAAGACUACGGUGACUGUACCUUUUUACUGACUCUCAGACCAGAGACUGAGGUUCAGAACUAGGUCACCUGCACACAACAAGAUCUAGCUAAUGAAAGACCCAGCAAAAGCUGAAUGCAAGAUGGAUGGAAUGACAUUGGAAUUGUGAUGAGCCCUGUGUAAGAUACCAGACUCUACUCUCUAAGCAGCUUCUGAAGCUGCACAAGGAAAUUCUCUGCAGUUACCUCUCACCAGAUCUGGCUCAGGCACCCUGACUUUAAGCUUUUAUAUCAGUGCUAUAGUCGUGGAUCUGCUAUAAACAUGUUUCUGCUAACAACUUGGCUCUUCCUUUUUUAAAGCCAUCUUCCAAAAGCCAAGUUUGGGCAUUUUGAACCCACAGUGAGGGGAAGCAGAACCAGAACUUGUAGGGGUUAGUAAGGAUCUGAAGAUUAGAUUUCUGUUUUAAGAAGGAAAAGGUCCUUUUUCACAACCUCAGGACACCCCUCAAAUGCUUUACAGCUAGUAACCUGCCUUUUGGAUGUGUUGGAAAUUCUCUGAACAAUUAGUGCAGUGUGUCUCCUUCUUGGAUGCCAGGCCAGUUUCUAAGUUGUUUUUUUUUUUUUUGAAGGAUAUUUUUUAAUUAGAUUGGGUUGAUUGUGUCAGAGGAGGGUUGGUGAGUGACUCUGUGAGAAGGUGAUGUGAGCCUAGGGAUGCACUCUGUCUGCUAUGAAGUGGAAGGGAGAAUUUCGCUGGUCUUUACCUCUUUUAUUUAUAUAUUUCUGCCAAAACUGCUCUCUGACCAACCGUCCUCAGGAGCUCCUGUGGCUGCAGUGAAAUGUUUAAGCUCCUCUAUCCUCUUCAAAUGGUGACAAUAAAAGGAGCCAUUGAUUAGCACAGUGACCCUGUUCCUACAGCCAUACCUGGGUGACCUCAAUUGCCAAUUGCCCAUCAACAUAUGAGCAAAGUGGACUGAUUACGGCAUGGAAGAGGGCCAUUUGGCCCAUCAUAUCAGUGCUGGCUCUUUUUAAAAAUUCUUUUGUUGUUACCCAGCCCCAAUUGCCCUCUAAGGGAAUUUUGAGCCAACCAUAUCUUUGUGGUCUGGAGUUGCAAGUAGGCCAGACUGGAUAAGGAUAGCACAUUUCCUUCCCCUGGAGAAUUCCCUAGUGAACUAGAGGGUUUUACAGCAAUAAAUGGGAUUACAAUAGAUGCUUGAUGACUGACAUGGACAUGAUGGGCUGAAGGGCCUCGUUUCAUGCUGUAAAACUCUUGACGCUGAUAGUUUCAUGGUCAUUAUUACUGAGACUAGCUUCCAAUUUUUUUCUCCACUUCAGGAAGUCACCUAGGAGCAUUCUCUGCCUUCUCCCUGUACCAUUGCAUGUUUUUCAUUUUCACAUAAUAGUCCUUUUUAAAAUCCUCAAUUGAAUCUGCUUUCCCCCACAUGGUCUGUCAGUGCAUACUCAGUUGUAAUCAUUAAUGAUUUUCGCCUUUUGCCAAUCACCUUCCUCUGGUUGUCAAGCGGGAAUGGUUUCCCCAGGUCUGCUCCAUCCACGUUCCUCCAGAUUCUGAGCUCUCCACGUGACCUCCGUCAAACUUCCCUCCUCCAAGGAGAACGCACCCAACUUUUCCAACCCAUCCAUGUAACUGAAAUAACAGUAAGUAAAGUCACCAUUGCCCCAGAAGAUCAGAGAGCGAGAGAGACAGACAACUAGUGGUGUUUUAACCCGAGGGUCACCUUGGGCGAGGGGAGAGGUUGACAAUGAGGGACCUCCCAUGGUAACCUCAGCUGGCCUAGGCAAUUGAACCUGUCACCAUGUAUUGCAAACCAGCCUUCCAAGCAACUGAGCUAACUGACCACACCUGUGGUAUGGGAUGGAAUGGUCAAGCUUUCAUUGAUAUGAGGCACAAUAGCCUCCUGCUGUUGCCGGUGGUGGUGGGUAGGUGAUGCUGAUUUUUUUUUUUUUGAUGGUUGAAAGCCCAAGCAUGUGGAAGAGUUCCACAGAAAGUGCAGAGCUGGUGCCUCCAACUCCACUAGACUAAUGAGUUGCCCAUUGUUACUGUCUUGUUUAGACUUGGCCCUUGCAGCAAAUUCUUGCAGUGAGCCUCCAACUAGAGUUUCUUGAAUCACUGCCUGUUUCACAUUUCAAUGUAUCUUUUACUUGUACGAAGUUAGGUAAAGUAUUUGUGUAGCAACCGUGCCCAGUGUUUUGAGUGGGUGGAAAAGGAAGAUGGGUAGAUAUUGUUUGCAGGGGCUUAAUGUAGAGAAACCCCACAAUCCGAAGAUGUGAGUGAAAUACGACGGAUUCUGGGAACUUGAAAUUAAACGUGGAAAGUGUUCGAAAUUCCAGCAAGUCAGGUAGCACCUGUUGGAUAGAGUAGAGACUGUUAAUGAUGUGUCAGUUGGUCUUUCCUGAAAACAGUGUGUGCGUGUCUGUGUGUGUCUUUUGUCUUUCCAUGGAAGCAGCCUACUCUGCUUACUGUUUUCAGCACUUUCCAAUUUCAGUCUGUAUUUUGUAAAGUGAUUUUGAUCUGAAUCUGUGACAUUAAUGUUUUCUUUCUUAUUGUUUUCUAGAAGUAGAGGUUUUGUAUUUUUGUAUUGUGCAGGUCAGGUGUGUUCGGAGGUUUGAAAAUACAACACUUUUCACAAACUACACCACCGAGUGUGUCUGGAACACAUUCGUUGAACCUCCCCAUCUGGCCAAAAGGAAAGCACUCAUUUAGGAAUGCAGUGAAUUUAGUGACUUCAGUAAUGUGUGAGCCUUCUUUUGGAUUGGGGUAGUUGUGCCUUAAUCAGCUCACACUGUGCAAGAACAAGGCUGUUUCAGGGAGUAUCCAAACCCAGCAAUUUUGUACACUUCCAGUGUCUUUAUUCAGUGUUCACACACAGACCCCACAUUUACUGUGGGUUUCCUCAGGAUUUUCAUUCUCUCUGACUUUUUUCAGUCUGAAUUUCAGACUUCUGUCUUUUUUCAUGUAGCGUUCUGUGUUGACUUGUCCUUUUUGUCUUUUUUUUUGUUGUUUUUGAUUGUGAUAGUACUGUGGGUUCAUUUGGAUAAAUUCCCAGAAGUAAUAUUGAACCUCCAAGUGGCAAUAUCCCAAUUUCAAUCCCACGUUCUCAGCCACAGAUGGGUUGGGCAGUUCAGUUCAAUAAAACAAAAACACACUCAGCUCUUUCUGACGUAUUUGUACUGUCUGAAAUACAGAGCAGCCGUGUGAAUUUGUGAAGUGUGGGUAUUUUGUAAGAAUCCCAUUAUCCUGAGCUGCUGCCGCCUCCUCCUCCUUUGGAGAGUGCUCCACCAGCAAAGUCUUCAGGAAAAGUAGAGAGAUUUUCCUCGAAGCUCUCCAGAAAUUAGGGUGUGCUGCACACACAUAUGAACCACUGCCAUUUUCUCCAGAGAUAGUAGGAACUGCAGAUGCUGGAAAAUCUGAGAUAACAAGGUAUAGAGCUGGAUGACCACAGCAGGCCAAGCAGCAUCAAAGGAGCAGGAAGGCUGACGUUUCGGGCCUAGAUGUUCAUCUAGCUCUACACCUUGUUAUCUGCCAUUUUCUCCAGUUUGUUAGGUCAGGAUAUUGCUGGGGAUUGCUGACCUGUGUUGACUAGAUUCUGGUUUAGGUUAAGAUAUUUGUGUUGUCUGUUCUGCAGACUCAGUGGUUGCUCCCCUGCUGCUGGGGAGGACUUAGCAAAUACAUUUCCUCAGUCUUGCAUUUUUUUACACUUGUGUUGUAUAAAGUAAAACUCUAUACAGGAAAAUAGAUUUUAAAUAAAGAAUAUUUUCUUA